GUUUAUGGUCAUGAUGCCGUCAUCCCAAUUGAACACUUGAUUCCAUCUCUCCGGAUUACAAGUCAACAUCCGAUUGAUUCUGUUGAAAAUACUCUGAGCAUGCAAAUUCAACAAGAUCAGGUAGAAGAGAUUUGGAUUAAUGUGGCUUGACAGAUUGAGUAUGAGAAGCGUCUCGUUACUAAACAGUACAAUAAGAAUGUUUGACACCGCAACUUUCAAGUCAGCGAGAAGGUUUGGAAAGCAAUUCUGCCAAUUGGUCAACAUGAUCCUAUAUACAGCAAGUGCACACCGACUUGGGAAGGACCUUUUGUCAUUCAUCGCCACUUAGGAUGCAACGUUUAUGCGUUGGCAACUUUAGACGGAAAAAUCAGUGCAAAAUAUAUCAAUGCCACCUAUUUAAAGAAGUACUACUUGUCUCGAUGGGAACAGUUGGAUCACCAACAUCAUGACCAAGCCAAACAAAUGGUAGCAAAGCGUUAUUCAUGACAGAGUCCAACCCAGUACUUCAACAGUUCCAAAAGAACAAAUGAAGAGCCAUAAAUUCAGAGACACCAAAAAGAGAUAAAAUUGGCACAAGUCACCACCCGUUGCAACCACACGCAGGUGACAGGAGUUAUGGUUGAUGUUUGGUCCAGAUUGCCUUCCCCAGUACCGCUUGACUCACCAGCAACACCACAUAGAGCUGAUUGUACCUCCUUUAGAUCUUCCUCUUUGUUUGCCUCUUCCGUUGCAUCUGGAGAGGGUGUUUAUGCCGGAACAGCAACAUCUUUUAACGUGCCCUUUAGGAAAUUCCACAUCUUGGUGGCUUCUGCAAUUAUAGGCUGCACAUUUUUAGAGUGAACAGAUUUUUCCUAGGUAUCCUGUACACGUUCAUCACGAAUGUUGAUUGUAUCUGCGCACUGUUGCACCAUUUUCUGGUACAACAGGUUAGCUUCUUGGCGUUGUUCUUGAACGUAUUUCAGGUCUGCUUCCAAUGCUGCCUGUUUUGCUGCUAGUUCCUUUGCUUGAGCUGCAGUUGCUGCUGCCUGUUGCACUAGAGUUUUUGCCGUCUUUUCAGCUUCUAAAUGUGCCAUGGCUACAUGGUUGUGGUCCUCCACAUCCUUCACACAAAUUUCACAACUAACUUUCUUUCUUCAAAGUUGGCUAAAAACAAGGCAACUGUUGCUUUGACCGCUUCUGGCAAAUCACUUCCCAGAAUGGUCUCCAAUGCCCGUUUCAGCGACUGGUGUUACAUGGCAUGAACGUGUUUUGCGCUCAUCUUUAACAGCCCUUGCAAUUCUCUCAAUGAAGCUUCGACAGAUUGUGUUUCUCUGCCCUUGGUCUUCACUUCUGCAGUUGUUUCCUCCAUCUUGUGGAACAAACGUUUCUGCAACUCCUCAAUUAUCGGGUUCGCUGGAGUGACAGCAGUUUGCUUGGUACUUCUUUGGGAUGUUUUGGAGCCUGGUUGCCAUUUUUAUGGCGACACCACAUGUUGCUCAGGGCUGCUAGCAGCAUCUUCAUCAGCAGACUGAUACUUCUUUUUGCUCACUUGCGUCUGAGUCUUCAGCAGUCAAGUCUACCAUUUUCGGCUUCUGUAACAAAAACAAUGGUCAAUAAUCCGUCAAUUGAUACCUACCACUGCCAUUACUUCAUAUGUCACAAAGAACUUAUUUUGGAAUUACUGGUAGAUGUUCUCUUGGUUGCCAUCAGUCGAGCCGAUGUCCAUCAUUUCACUGGUUGUGAUGAUCCUGCUGCUUUCUUCCUUUUCUGACCCUUUUUACUCCCGCUAGCCACAGGACUCAGCUUUAGUAUCACUGACACGUAGACUUCCCUGUCUUAGCAACAAGUUAUAACACUUACCAUGUCAUUACCAAUACAACAUGCAUGAUUACCUUGGGGGGCUUGUUCAUCGACCACAUGCAGUUUUGGGAUGUCCGCAUCAAUACGGAGCACUUCCUUCAAGAUACCAUCCAGUCCUUCCGGAUACAGCGUGAGUAAUACUUCUUCCAGGAAGAUGUAAAAGACCACCGUUGCUUCCAUCAUUUCCUAAAAUGGCACCAGUUUCCCGGACCGUCACCUGUUUGACAUAAUCUCUCUUUGCUCAUAAUACUCCAACAUGGUCAUCUUCUUCCUUCCAACCUCCCAAGUAUGUUUACAAGCUGCAUCAAAAAAGGGGAUCCCUUGCACUAGCCCUAGCUGUCUUGCCACCAUCACCGUUGGAUAGUAUUCUGCAUGCAUAUGGCAUGCACCAGUUUGGGGAGGUAGACUUUUAAACCCAUAGUAUAAAUCCCUGGGUACUAAUAACCUCCUCCAUGCAUUUGAUAGACCAGACGCACUAUCAUUAUUCCAUUCCCCAGACUCCACUGCUACUUGUGUAUGCAUAAAAGGUGGGGUGCCAGUGUUUAUGUAACAGUUCGUUCAAAAUCACAAGUAAAUCAGGUGCAGAAUCCCAUAAUACUGUGGCUACGCACUUGCUAUCAUAUCUAGCUAUACUAGUAUGGGUCACACUCAGGCACAAUGACUGCACUCUCACUAGUUUGACCCCUGCUACCCGUAGUUGAGGAAAGUACAUAUAAAACCACAGGAAUAACAACCAUACUGGUCCAAACACAGUUUCAUUCGGGGCUUUCCUAAUCUCAUGCGUACUAUGAUAUAACAUUGACAGCAUAAUUUCACACAUAUUGAUGAAUUUCCCAGAAGCUAGAAUAGCAGCCAUGUGGUACAUAUCUUGUGUCAUUUGGAAAGACUUACCACAGAUGAUGUACCGAUUUAGCCACAAUGCAAAGAACCGGAUAUGUUGCAGAUGAUCAUUACACGGCUUCGGCAUAUUUUCCUUGAUAUACGGUCUAUGCCCUCGAUGUUAUUUUGACCCAGUUGUGGCUGCCUAGGCAUCUUUACUAUUUCCGUCAAUUGUGACAUCAGCAACCACAGGAACCCCGGUUAUCACCGCCACAUCUAGCAAGGUUGGAGUCAUAAAACCCCAUGGGAGACAGAAGACAUUGCUGGAGCUACUCCAGAAUCUCGACUCAACCCCCAAUAGUACUUUAUUAUCAAACAACCCCAUCUGUCAGAAUUGAAUCAAAUCAUAGAUCCCGACUUUCUUCCAGGUUACCGAAUGGUGUUUCUCCAUCAUCUUGGCCCACUUGCAGAACUCUUGGUGAACAUUCCAUUUCUCCGAUGUCCAUGGCCAUCCCCUGAUACGUCCAAAUCCGGUACAUAGGAACCUGUGGGAUACAUUUUUUGGAUUAGCACCGGCACAUAUUCCCGGAGCGUGGCGUUAUCCGCCAUAAAAUUAGGCCCCAACGAAUAGUGACCCAGUGGUCCGUGAGGGUUGAGAAGUUCAUGGAAAUCUGGUGACAACGACAGCAGCUCUUCCGGUUUCACCCCUCUGGCAGCAUCAAACUUCACAGCGUACAUCCCAGCCAUUGCGCUCCUGAUGAUUUGUGAUUUUUCUGGUUUGAGAUUUGUUUUGGUGAAAUCGCCGAAACGGAGAAGGACUCAGAGUUUUUGAAUUUUGAAAAUCAGACAGCAGAUAAGGAAUGACGUUUAGGAAAUGCAGCGUUAUUUGGAAGCCGAUACUCCUUGAUUCACGGGAUUGGAUUUCGGUUCCCCACACUUCCUACCAACGAUUUGAUUUGGAAUAGAUCUUAUCUGCCUUCAUCUUUCAAAGCCGCUACCUCCGUCACGCCUUUGAUUGGGGGGCUGCCAUACACUAUUUUUAUUCCUAGCUUUGAGCUACUGCUUACUAGGCCAAUUCAUUGUUGGCCCGAUGGAUAUUCAAGACACACCACAUUUGAUAAAAUGAGUUGUGCCUUGGGGGAGGAGACUUAUGUUAUCACUGAUUUUUAAUUAAAAAUCAAACUGGCCCAACAAAAGUGGUGAAUCAGCCCAGCAUCACAAGAAGUCCAUAUCCGACACGGAAUAACGGAGUCCAUUCUCGAAUUGGUGAAGGAAAUGCAUCAAAAGUCCGAUCUGACGCAGAAAAGAUCAAAUCCAAGGUCAAAUCGAGUUAUAAUUGUAAAAGGAAAUAGGAAAUCGGAAAUAAAAUACAAUUGCAACUCUAAAUCGGCAACACCAAAUUGGAGUAGGAAUCGGAGAUCGCACUGUCCUAUACGAUUACCGAGCCCUAUAUAAAGGGAGAAAGAACAGAGCGACAGAAUCAAUCAAUAUCAUCAUUAACACACACAUACAAACACAAGCUGUAAAGCUCUUAUAUUUCUUUUCAAUACCCUAUUUUCUUUUCAAAUACUUUCUUUCACAAGUUUUUUCUAUUCGAUUUACACAUUGUAUUUCAUUUAAGUUCAUCAAUUUAUCUUCAAUUCAGUUUGAUUCAAGUUGUUGCAAGUCCUAUUCCUUUUCUUUUUCACGCCUGGCUGAAUAUUGCAUCUCAUGAAUUACACACUUUUAUUUGAUAUUGUUUACAAGCGUCGUCAGUUCUUAUUGAUUAUUUUCACACAAACACAUUGCUUACACUUUCAUGAGUUCCUAUCCACACUCUGUGUCCUACAAAAAUAAUUUACACUGUAAUUUAUUAAUUGUAUUAAAAUUUUCUUCCACUAUCUCAAAAUUAUUGUCUAAUUUAUAUUUUCUAUUUUUAGUUCAAAUGUACUAAAAAUUAAAAUCCAAACUAGAUAAUCAUUUUGAGACAUAGUGACUAUUUUUUUAAGAAAAAUAAAACCAGGAUAUACCUGGGUAGUUUAUUAAAAAGUGAAAUAUUUUCAGGAUAGUACUUAAGACUUACCCUGUACAAUUGAGAAACCGUCAUAGGAUGACCGUGUUUUAAAUAUCAGUUAAACUAAUAUUUUCUAAACCUCAUCGGGAAUUACAUAGUUAGUAAUACACUUGGCAUAGAGAAAAUUACAGUAACGCAACGGAGAACAAUUAUCAUUUUCCCUGUCAACGUGAUUCAGAAUCCCGAACAGUGAGUACUGUACGGGAAAUUUGAAAUCACCGCAUCCAAGUUGCUCCUGCAAAUGAAUCAACAGCAACAAAGCAUAAAAUAACUAAGCAUGACUCGAUUUGGUUUGUUCGUGACCAGCACGACCGGAUUAAUAGACUAGAGGAUCCGAUACCCAGUUUUUGAAACAGACCUGGUUUUAAAAAAACCGACUUGAGUUAAACAGCAGCUCUGAACUUUUGAGGGCCGGUCGAACUACAACCGACAGCAAAAGUGCCGGUGCAUUGGGGGCCGUCCGAUCUGAGAGACUGGCCGGUUCUGUGAAGGAGUCAAAGGGGUCCUUGGAUCGACGCUGGAUCUUCGGGGUCGCCAUUAGCAGACAUCAGAAGGGAGCGAUGGUCGCCGGUGGUCCUUGUGGAAAGAGCAGAGGAGCGGCAAGGCAUUAGAGGAGCAAAAACUUCCGGCCAACAAUCAGAUCUGAAGCAAAAGCUUCAGGUCUACACCCGUCAACACAGGUGGUGGAGUUGACCAUUUGGGCGGCGGCAGACAAAUCCGGCCAUCGGUGCAGGAAGGGACACCGUUCAGGGAACUUUCAAGCAAAAAUGUCAGAUAUGCACCCGUCAACACGGGUGGUGGGGUGCGGCGGUGGCGGCGUAAGCUUGGCUUGCUACAGGAGGCUGCAAGACUCCAAUGAAUCGGUCUUCUGCUUUUUUGGUUGAGGCAUGUGAUCUUUUUUUAAAAGAGAAAAUAAGUAAAAAUAGAAGAAGAAAAGGCUACCCCAACCACCGUUAAUGGUGGUCGGGGGAGGAAGGGAUUUUCCGGCGAGGGUGUUUUAGAGAGAUGGGAGAGUAAAAGUGAGUUGUGAAGACAUAGUGACUAUAAUUCACAUAUUCUAAUGUAAAUUAUUGGUCGGGGAAGGAAAAAAUAUAAUUUUUUGUGCACGAAAAUAUAAAAGACUCUGUCCAAAAUAACAUUAGGCUAAUGAGGCGUCACAAAGCCAUCAUUAAAAACUUGGUUACAAAUAUUAUUUCAUCUAUUACAAAAUAAACCAUAUAGUUCGUCUAAGAGGAGUCUUAUUCUAGGCCGAAUGGAAUAAAAAAGAAAAAAAAGCGAGAAUAUUCAUCGAAAAGACUGUAAUAUGCAAGUGAUGAUGCAAUUCCAUAUUCACGAGUGGUUGAAAUUUUCUUCUUUCCUUUUUUCCCAAACAAUUUGAACAUUCUUCGUCUCGUGGUCAAAGAAAGUCAUGUAUCCAUUACCCAAAAACAGUGAAGCAUGGUUACUUUGUCCGUACUGAAUAACUUCUUGGUGCAGGUCAUUUCUGAUCAUUCAUUUGCUCUGUCGAUUUUUUCCCUUGGAUUUAUGGUAUCAGAUUAGCACAAGUCAUCACAUAAUCUUUGUAAUCUAGUCAUGAGCAGUGAACCAUUAGGUAAAGAAAAAACAUUCCCUAUAAAUUCCAGUGACUUUUGCAAACAAAUGUACCAUUGUUUUGCCUCACAUAUCCAAAGUUCCAAAUAAUGGCCAUUCACGAUAUCGGCAACGGCUGCGAAAACGGUGGCCGGAAAACGGAAGAGGUGACCGUACUAAUGGUUCCUCUUCCGGCACAGGGCCAUCUCAACCAGCUCCUCCAUCUCUCCCGCCUUAUUUCAUCCUACAACAUUCCAGUUCACUACGUUUGUACUCCAGCCCACACCUGUCAGGCGAAAAAUCGCAUUCAUGGCUGGGAUCCUCUGUCUAUUUCCAAUAUUCAUUUCCAUGAAUUUCCGGUUCCUUCAUAUGAAACACCUCCUGCGGAUCCAUAUAGUUCUACCAAAUUCCCAACCCAACUCAUUCCAGCCUUUUUCGCGUCGAUUCAUCUUCGCGAAUCGAUUUCCUCUUUGAUGAAACAACUGUCGAACACCACUAGAAGAUUAGUAGUGAUUCAUGAUUCCUUGAUGCCGUAUGUGAUCCAAGACAUUGGUGAGAUCCCGAACGCCGAAUCGUACGCCUUCCAGAGCGUAUCGGCUUUCUGUGUCUACUCUUACGUUUGGGAAAACGAAGGAGAACCAGAAGUGCCCGAAUCCAAAAUAUUCAAAACUCUGCCUCAGAGACACUACCCUGAAGAGUUCGAAGAAUACAUACGAAUACAGUUCGAGAAACAGGUUGAGAAUUCAGGUAACCUAUUCAAUACCUGCCGAGCCAUAGAGGGUAAGUUUCUUGAUGGCCUUUCGAAGUUUAAGAUGUCUGGAAGUGACAAGAAUUGGGCAGUUGGUCCAUUCAAUCCUGUUGUGAUAAACGAAAAGGAAUUAAACCCGAAGAAGAGACAUUAUUGUCUUGAUUGGCUUGAUAAGCAGCCUCCAAAUUCUGUAAUUUUCGUGUCCUUUGGCUCUACAACAGCACUUUCAGAUGAACAGAUCCAAGAGAUCGCAAUCGGGUUAGAAAAAAGCGAGCAAAAGUUCGUAUGGGUCGCCAGGGAUGCAGAUACAGGGGAUUUGUUUAAAGAUGGUGAAGCGAGAAGAAAUGCCCAAUUGCCAAAAGGAUUUGAAACUAGGACUGAAGGGAAAGGAAUUGUGAUUAAGGAUUGGGCACCUCAAUUGGAGAUUCUUGCACAUUCGUCUACUGGUGGAUUCAUGAGCCAUUGCGGAUGGAAUUCGAGCAUCGAAAGCAUCAGCCACGGAGUGCCGAUUGCUGCUUGGCCGAUGCAUUCGGACCAACCGGCAAAUUCUACGCUGAUAACAGAGGAGCUGAAAGUUGGUCUGAAGGUUAUCAAUUGGAAACCCGGAUAUGAAAUUGUGACAUCCGAAACUGUUGAAAAUGCGGUGAGAAGAUUGAUGGAUUCUGCAGAGGGAGAGGAGAUUAGGGAAAGGGCAAAGGAAUUGAGCAAAGCUGUGAAAUCCUCUGUUCUUGAAGGUGCGAGUCGAAUGGAGAUGGAUUCUUUUAUUGCUCGCAUCCGCAGGUAAUUCAAAAUAAGGUUGGGAGAGUUUUGUCUACCCAGUUCGAGUUUGAGUCGUGGAUUUGGACACGGGAUACAUAAUAUGCCAAAAAAUAACACACAAUUCAAUGCGUUUUAGGUAACUGGAGCUCUGGCAUGAGUUGAAAGUUAGGAAACAUAGUUGGAAUGUAAUCAACUGGCAAGAAUCAAAUCAGUUGAUAAGAUACUGUUUUGUUCUUGAUCAAUGUCCAUUGUAGGUUUUCUAGUAUUUCUUUCCAAUUUAUACAGGUGCUUCAAAAAUGUAACACCUUGUGUAAAAUUAUGAAAAUUUACAACGUUCUCAAUAAAGAGUUUUUCAUUUGUUCGUUGCAUGUUUGGAUGACAAAAGUUGAUCGGAAUUUAGAAGAUAACAGAGUUCUUCUAAUAUCAGAACCGAUGGCUAAUUAUAUACUAUAUGUAGAAUACAAAUCCAUCAAUCGGGAUGCUUCCUCGGAGAAUGUAUUCUUUUUUAUUACCUUAUCAUUCUGGC